AUGGCGACCAUAACAGAAACUCACCCAACUGCACCGACCACAGCAACAUUGACAACUACGAGUACUGCUUCUAUUCCACAACAAACCUCACCGGGUGCAUCGAGACCUCCACCAUCCACAUACUGGACCAUAGACGGAUUAAUACGUAGACAUGUAUCCGAAACCCCCAAAAUACCCAUGUUUGCAUACCCUAUAUCAGGGCCAGCGGAUUAUCAAGUUCAUACGGUCAACGAGGUUGAUCGAUACGUCGACGCCGCUUGUUGGUGGUAUAAAAAGCGAGGACUUGAAGCAGCAGAUCCGUCACUCGAAAAGGCACCAGUCGUCGCCCUUCUCACACCGUCAUGUUUGGACGCCAUCAUUUCAUUCUUCGCAUUAAAUAGACUUGGUUGGGCCGUCUUGUUUCUUUCCACAAGGCUUACCGCACCUGCGUACACAAGUCUAAUGGAACUCGCCGACUGUAAGACGAUAGUUGCACCGCCGAUGUACGACGGGGUGAUUGAGGAGAUGCGUCGUUCCGAGAAGAUGAUGCACCUCACACACCUACCGAGAAUCACAGACGCAAAGGACGAUUACAGAUCGGCAGCUACCGACUCAAGUAUGCCCAGGUUCUUUCGUGAAUGUGACCUGGAAAAGGAAUCGAAAAAGGUGGCGUGGAUAAUCCAUUCGUCAGGCUCGACUGGGUUUCCCAAACCAAUCUUCGUGACGAAUUUCGGGUGUCUGGCGAACUUCCAAAAGGGUCUGGGGUUUCGUUCCUUCACCGUCUCGCCGCUCUUCCACUCCCACGCGCUGAUGGAGUUUGGGAGGGCCAUCUACGCCAAACGGCCCAUAUAUUUCGGAAACCACCAACUACCCGUGACGAGACAGAACCUGCUUGCUUCUCUGAAAGUGGCGAAACCCGAAAUCAUCUGCGCCGUGCCGUACGUGCUCAAACUACUCGCGGAAAAGGAAGAGGGAAUCGUCGAACUCGCAAAGGCCAAAGUGGUCAUGUACGGAGGGAGCGCGUGUCCUGACCCUUUAGGCGACGAACUUGUCUCGAAAGGUGUCAAUCUGGCCGGCAACUACGGAGCCACCGAGACGGGGUUUAUUAUGAACUCGUUCAGACCCGAAGGUGACAACGAGUGGAACUACUUGCGUCUACAUAGGCCCGUGGCGGAUCAUGUUUUGAUGGACGAAAUCUCGCCCGGGAUAUUCGAGUGUGUGGCCCUUGAUGGUCUGCCGUCAAAGGUCACCACAAACACUACGGACCCGCCCGGUGCGUUUCGAACGAAAGAUUUGUUCGUUAGACACCCGGACCCCGAAAAGUCGAAUUACUGGAAAUACGUCAGUCGGCUGGACGAUCGGUUAACGUUGGUCAAUGGUGAAAAGGUCCUCCCGCUCCCGAUCGAGGGUCACAUCAGGAAGAGUGAGUUGAUCAACGAGGUCGCCGUCUUUGGGUUUCAGAGGACCGUGCCGGGCGUGAUUGUGUUUCGAAGUGAACACGCGGCGAUGUUGAGUGAUGAGGAGUUUGUGGACAAAAUCUGGCCUCGCAUCGAAGACGCAAACAACAACGCAGAGACUUUUUCACGCAUCCCUCGAGACCUGGUCAUUCCGAGACCGUCUGAUGAGGCGUACCCGCGUACGGACAAGGGGACAAUCAUCCGCGCACAAAUGUACGAGCAGUACAGGGACGUUAUCGACGAGGCGUACCGACAAUUCGAGGGUGGACCGUCGUCGAACGAUACCUUGCUAGCGCUAGACAUGCCUGCACUCGAGGGCUUCUUGUUGACGAAAUUCCGCACCGACUUGGCUGUCGAUCUUGAGUCUGCGGACACCGAUAUCUUCUCAGCUGGCGUGGACAGUCUACAGACGACACGAAUCUGGAACAUCAUCAAGAAGGAACUCGACCUAGGCGAAGAGGGCAACGGCGACGGGUUGUCACAAAAUGUGGUGUUUGAGUGUGGCAACGUCCGAUCUCUGGCUCAACAUUUGUACAAUUUGAGAUUAGGUAUUGAAGAGCCAGAUUCAGACUGCAACUCGGACCAUGACCGUGCCGAGAUUCAGAACAUGCAAGAUCUGAUCGACAAGUACUCGACAUUCACGCCUCACGAUGCGGCAGGUAAACCUGAGGUCAAGAACAAGACGGUCCUUCUUACAGGUGUGACUGGUGGAUUGGGAUCGAUUCUGCUUGCGAACUUGCUCAGGCGCGACGACGUGGUGAAGGUGUAUUGUCUUGUACGAGCAUCGGAUGCUGCAUCAGCGAGGUCGCGAGUGAUGAAGGCGCUCCGAGACCGGGACUUGACGCGCGACCUGCCUGGGGUAUUCGAGGACAAAAUCCACGCGUACCCUUCUGACCUCAGUUUGCCUUCUCUGGGACUCGACGGUUUGGUUCUGGAUGAAUUGUUGUCCCGACUGACGCACAUCAUCCACAGCGCGUGGGCGGUCAAUUUCAAUCUGCCUCUGUUGUCGUUCGAACCUCAACACAUUCGUGGAGUGUACAAUUUGAUCCAACACGUCGCGUUGAGAACCACACAUUCUAAACCGGCCGAGUUUUGGUUUUGUUCGAGUGUGUCGGCUGCCAGUGGUACACCCAAACCGUCCAUCAUACCCGAAAAACAAAUCACAAACCUCUCUCACGCUCAACGCAUGGGUUACGGAAGGAGUAAACUAGUGGCGGAGAGGAUAACCAAUGCCGCGGCUACGGGUAAGGCAAAUUGUGUCGCGAGAGUGUUGAGGAUAGGUCAGUUGGCAGGAGAUACGAAACGAGCCGUUUGGAAUGACACCGAGGCCAUUGCUUUGAUGAUUCGAUCCGCUUUACCUUCGAGUGCUGGUUGUCUACCAAGGUUGAGUGAAAGACCGAGUUGGUUGCCUGUUGACAAGGCAGCUGAAGUUAUUGAGGAGUUGGUGUUGAGUUCGUCCGAUGUCACUGCCAGUGAUGGUGAUGUUGUUGAUUCAGAACUUCAAGAUACAGAUCUUGUUUAUCACAUCGUCAACCCAAACACAUUCAGCUUCCAAGGUGACUUGUUACCAAUGUUACAAACCACCGAAACGAUACCGAAAUUUGAAAUUGUCGAUCCACAAACAUGGCUAGACACACUCAAAAAGAGUGAUGGUGAUGUUGAAAGAAACCCGAGCCGAAAACUAAUCGGGUAUUGGGAGGGAAAGUAUGGUGAUGGAGGAAAUUUUUCCACCUCAAAGGUCAAGUCAACAACAGUGACGGACAUGGAUGACCCAAUCCCAAAGACGGAGACAAGCAUAACAGGGAAAGACGAAAACUCUGGAUUGACAUUUGACACUACAAGGACUACUCAACAAAGUAGUGUCUUACAAGACGUAAAAGAUCCCGUCAGUGAUGGUUUGAUGAAGAGAAUUGUAGAGGUUUGGAUGAAAAAGUGGAAUGAAGAGUUACGAGAAUGAUUGAGGAAAGUACAGUGUACAUAAACACGAGAGAUACGAU